CUGUGAGGCGAAGGCUGCUGUAGGACGAGCAAGGUUAAAGCGCGCUGGGGUUCUUGGGGCAGAGCGGCCCGGGACCACUCCUUUACCCGAUUCCGGCGUUGGGAGGUAGGGGAGAGAAAGAAAUUCCUGCCCUCUCAUCAGUGACCCCCGAGGAAGACAAUGAAUGAGGUGAAAGAAUCCCUUCGAAACAUCGAGCAGACAUACAAGCUCUUCCAGCAGCAGCAGUUCACGUUCAUCGCUGCUCUGGAGCACUGCAGAGAAAAUGCCCAUGACAAGAUCCGGCCCAUCUCCAGCAUAGGACAGGUGCAGAGCUACAUGGAGCACUACUGCAACAACUCCACGGACCGGCGGAUUCUGCUCAUGUUCCUGGACAUCUGUACAGAGCUGAACAAGCUCUGCCAGCACUUCGAAGCUCUGCACUCGGGCACCCCAGUCACCGACAGCCUCCUAGAAAAAUGCAAAACCCUUGUUAGCCAAAGCAGUGACUUAAGCAGCCUCAGAGCCAAAUAUCCUCACGAUGUGGUGAACCACCUCAGCUGCGAUGAGGCCAGGAACCACUACGGAGGCGUGGUCAGUCUUAUCCCUAUAGUCUUAGACUUAAUGAAAGAAUGGAUCGCCCACUCAGAGAAGCUGCCACGCAAAGUGCUGCAGCACGUGAGUGUCCCCCCGGCAAGCACCAAAUGCAGCAUGGGAGCCACCUGUCCUCACCAGACCACAGACACCCAGACUCCGUUAAAAACAAACAAACAUAGGAAACUUCCAAAAACCAGCCUCAAAUCUAGUGUGAAAGACAAAGCAUGUUUAAAACCUUCCUGGAGACCACCUGGUGGGAAACUGUAAAUCAAAGCCAGUGACCUCUUGGGUAUGGUGGGGGAGCUUUGUUAUUUAAUUUGGUUUCCAAUGGUUGAUCCAUUUUCACUGGUACUAUAGUCCCUGCCACAUUAUUAACCCCAAGAGGGGCUGGCAAAUAUAUUAUUGAGAAUCUCUCUCCCUCUCUUGCUUUAACUUGCUUUUAACUUUUCCUUGCCUCUAAGUGUCAGGCUCUGUGCUGAUGGAAGAGGAUCCCACUCACACAAGUUGCCAGAACCGUGUGUUGUUGGUAGAGGGUGUCCGAGGAAGGCUGGCGAAGAGGAAGGGCAGGGACCUGCCCCACCCAGGUCCUCUCUGAGCCGCUGCCCUGCCCUCUGCCAGGCCUACCCAGGUUGUGGGCUCCAGUUGUCCACCUUGAGUGGUCAGGCUGGAGGAGACUGCAAGGCUUCUGUCUCCUACCAUGCGACCACUCUGGCAACACACAGCCUCUCUCAGCAAAACAGGGGUGCUCCCACCUCACAGGGUUGUUGUGAGGAUUGGCAUGUUGAACUUCCUAAGUAUGUUUGGGUCUCUGGACCAAAGCCACAAGGGGAAUAAACCCACCUUUCCCUCUCCUUUACUUAUGAGAAGGAGAUGUAUGAUAGAAGUCAGAAGAAUUCUGAGUUUGUGGCUCUUGUGCGAAGACGAUUACCUGGUUAUCCCAACGUAAUUGAGGCCCAAACAUUGUAAAAUGUGUCACUAGCUGCAGAGCUUGCCAGAAGUGCUGUCUGACUGUUGGUUUUUCCCUUCACAGGGGACGACUUAGCUUCUGUAUUCUUUCUUCCUCGGGGGGAGACAGUCAAGAAUAAAGUGUUCUACCACCUCUCUGCCUAGCUUGAUUUCCUGGGAUUUAUCCCUUAAAGAAAACCUACAUUUAUCCUAAGACAUCAGAGGCCAUCAGGCUAUAGCCACACAAGCAAAACCACCAGCAAAGAGAGACACUGCUAUAGACAGAUAUAAAAACCUAAACAAAACCAAACCCA